ACAUCGAAGAAAGUAAAAGCAUAUCAAGCUUAAAUAACCUUUCAUACAAACAAUCAAAUCUACAUACAAAAACAAAAUGAACUUCAACAAAAUUUUCGUUCUUCUGGCUGUCUUCGUUGCCGUCUUCGCUGGACAAACUGAGGCGGGAUGGUUGAAAAAGAUUGGCAAGAAAAUUGAGCGCGUGGGUCAACAUACACGAGACGCAACCAUCCAGACCAUUGCCGUAGCGCAACAGGCCGCCAAUGUUGCAGCCACUUUGAAGGGAUAAACUGAACAUGUUCAGUUGUUGUUACAACAAAUAUUUAUGUACCUAAAUUAGUAUAAUACAUAUUUAUUUAUUUAGACCUAUUUGUGACUGAAUAACGGAAAUUAAAGUAGAAGUAUUUGAAUAAAAAUAAUUGUU